AUGAAGCUUGCUCUCCUCUCACUCGCCGCUGUGGUCGGCGCUAUCGCUCCUCGCGAACGCCCCCCGCAAAACACCAAUCCUGUUCAGACUCCCGGCGCGCCGACGCCUACCAACACCCUCACCAUUUUGCCCAUCGUGUCCUUCACGCCCUUCCCGGACAGUAGCAGCACGGACAAGAUCACCAUCCCCAUCCUCAGCAGCGAUCCGACACACACGACGCACACCUUGUGGGGUUUCCCGAAUCUCUAUAGAAUACACAAUGUUAACAAAUCUAGCCCUCCCACCUCGGAAUCUUCGCCGUUGCCUACUUCCACUUCGUCAACCCCCGAGGGCUCGUCCUCCUCUAGCUCCAACCAGUCAACCAGCUCUGGAACCACUACCCACAACUCUACAACCUCGAGCGCCACUGGAACCGGAACUGGAACUGGAACAAGUGGUUCUACCUCGAGCUCCAGGACCAGCAGCUCGCCGUCCAGCUCGCCGUCCAACGCUGCUGCCGCUGUCGCAACGGCCAAUAUUAUGGCUGGUAUUGCUGCCAUUGCGGGUCUCGUCAUGGUUGCUUAA